AUGAAAGCUCAACUAUUUACCUUUAUGUUAUUUACAAUUGGCGUUCUUUUGUUUCAAUCAGCAUAUACGUACCACUUUCGAAAACGCGAAUUAACUGAAUAUGAUUUAACCAGUUUUAUAGUCAACACAUGCUCUGCCGAUAAGAUCGAAUUGCUUAUUCAAAAUCUUUGUGAUCAAACAUUACAAUCGGCACUUAUGGGCAGUUUUCCAUAUUUGACAUAUUAUUGCAAAAUGAUCGGUUCUGGAAAUAGAUAUUGUGACAAUAUCAAUCGAUAUAUAUUGGCAGAGCAGAACAUUGAAACUCACGCAUUAAUGUCUCGUCGAUUUGUACGAAGUCUUUAUAAAAAGAACAAAUUAUAUCAAAAUCGAGAGGAGACGGAUACAGAUAUAGACCUCAAACAAAAAAUGAUUCUCGAAAUAUGUAUGACAAGUACAGAAAAAAAUUCAAUAGAAACACAUCGGUUUUGUAAUCAAACAUUAAAAGAUAUUCAGCGAGGACGAUACCCUGAAAUUAAACGUCUUUGCAAAUCUUAUCCUGGUUUUAACUAUUGCCAACGUAUUCUAUCAUUUUCAUCCUUAUUAUCUGAGCCAUUAUCAAAAGAAUCAUCAUCUCUUUUAUCAUCAUUGCCUUCUACUACACCUAAUAUUUAUCGUUCGUCCGUACCAUUAGAAUUUUCCAAAUCGUCUGACGUCGAAUCGAUCAUCGAUCAACAAAGGAUGAAUAAAUCACCAUUAUCAUAA